AUGCAGGCCGCGCGAGUGCUGAACCGAUUCGUGCGCCACUACGAGCCACUGUCCUACGAGCCUGUUGGUGUUCGCGCAUUGGGGCGCUGGAAACGCUCUGCCACCGCUCAUCGGCACGACAACAGCAGGGCACGGACGGUGCAGGUCGCAUUCAGAGCUCAUGGAAGGGAGUUUCGGCUUCAGUUGACCCAGGACCGAUCUGCCUUCACUGAAGACUUCUCGCUGGUAACGAGCCGAGGGCGAGUGAAGGCCAGCUUUGAUCACAUAUACUCCGGCCACGUUGCAGGUGCCCCGGGUAGCCGCGUGGUGGGCGCCAUGAUGGACGGAGUCUUCAGCGGACGCAUCUCUCUGACUCCUGGCGACGACGACGGGGACUUCUACGUGGAGCGUGUCGAUUCUUACCUCUCCUCCUCCCCCUCCUCACCUACUGCCCUCUUCCACUCGCUCAUCUACGCGGCCAAGGACGUCAGCUUCGAUGGCACCGGAUGCGGAGUGCGCGGACACGCGCAGGACGUUCCCGUCGGCAUACGACGUCCACACGGGCGUGCAUCGUCAAAGAAUUCGGAACUGAGACGAGCCAGACGCUCCACAGCAACAGCCGUCGUGGGGCAUCCAGAAUCGCAGGACCCCCUUGCCGACGUCAGCAGCAUUGGCUCCGUGUCGACAAAUGCCGGUGCGAACCAGCGGCUGACAGCACGGCAGAUGUCCUUUGAAGCUCGACCGGCAGGCGCUCGUAUCCGCAAGGGCGUGCAGCGGGUGUGCAACAUCGAGCUCAUCGUCGACCACACCUUCUACGAGAUGGUGUCGUCAGAUAUGAACGGCGAUCCGAACAAGAUCCAAGCGGCUAUCACGAGCCUGGUGCAUACGCACGUCGCCUCUGCGACGGAAAUCUUCGGGACCACAAAUUUCAAUGGCAUCACGGACAUCUCUUUCGUCGUUCAGCGCUUGCAGAUCAACGACUCCAGUGAUUGCCAGGGCUCGGUGCGCCGCACGAAUCCCUUCUGCGCCGACACCCUGGAUGCAACGCACACGCUUGUCGAGCUGUCCAAAAUUAACCACGACAACUUCUGCGUCUCAUACCUGUGGACGUACCGUGACUACCCCGGCGGCACACUGGGCCUCGCGUACGUCGCAGAGCUCAACGGUAUGCCAGGUAAUGCUGGCGGCCUUUGCGAGAAGUUCCAGUCGGACGUGGCACUGCAGCUGACCUCGGACUACAUGGGCCGGGUCAGCCUGAAUACGGGUAUCGUCACGUUCGUCAACAAGAACGUGCGCGUGCCCCACCGGGUCUCCGAGGUCACUUUCGCCCACGAACUGGGACACAACUUCGGCGCACAGCACGACCCUCCAAAGUGCGUUCCUGGGGGCAGCGUGGGCAAUUUCCUGAUGUUCGCCAGCGCAUCUCAAGGCACGAUGCCCAACAACCGGCGCUUCUCCGUAUGCAGCAUCCACGACAUCGCGGCUAUUCUGGCGCACAUGUUCUCGGAACAGAGUACCCGCUCGAACUGCCUCCAAGGUGUCCGAGGCCCGUUCUGCGGCAACUCUAUACGGGAGGAGGAUGAAGAAUGCGACUGCGGCUACGACUGGAACGAGUGUCGCGAGAUGUGCUGCUAUCCACGCGAGCAUGGCCAGCUCAACCGCAAAGGUUGCACGCUUCGACCGGAUGCCAAAUGCAGACUUACUCUCAGCGGUUGGAGCGGCGAGUGUCCCACCUCACCGCACAAGCGUGACGGCGUAUUCUGCAACCACGGCACGCAGGCCUGCGAAGGUGGUGAGUGCGUGCGCUCCGUCUGCAGCCUUUACGACCUCGAAGAGUGCUACCUCACGGGACCCCAGCGCACGCCGGAGGAGAUGUGCCUCAUAGCAUGCCGAGAGAACGUGUCGGGAAGCGUGUGCAUGGAGGCGUGCCACUUCGAGCGCAUGAAGGACUUCUGCAACAAGAAACUGGAGCCAGGCGCACCGUGCGACGACCUACGCGGCUACUGCGACGUCUUCCAACGGUGCCGCCUGGUGGACGCCGAGGGGCCACUCUCCCGUCUGCACUGGCUCGUUUUUGGAGGACGCGGCCUGCGCAACGUACUCUUGCACUACUGGUAUCUCACGGCGUUGGCCAUCCUGGCGGGCAGUGGGCUCACGGCGCUCUUUAUCAAGCUGUGCGCCGUACACACGCCCAGCAGCAACCCGCACCUGAAGAGACACCGCGCCAUCGGCGAGUCCGUGCGGAGACCCAUGAGUUUGCUGCGCACGUGA